AGGCAUGACGGCACUCUGAGUCGCGAUGGGUGACUGGAAAGGCUACAUCAGUGCGGUGCUGCGAGACCAGCGUAUAGACGACGUGGCCAUCGUGGGCCACUCAGACAGUCGCUGCGUGUGGGCGUCACGACCUGGGGGCCUGCUGGCAGCUAUCUCACCUCAGGAGGUGGGUGUGCUCACAGGGCCUGACAGGCGCACCUUUCUGCAGACGGGCCUGAGCGUGGCAGGUCGCCGCUGCUGCGUCAUCCGUGAUCACUUGCUGUCGGAGGGCGACGGAGUGCUGGACGCGCACACCAAGGGGCUGGACGGGCGUGCAGUCUGCGUGGGCCACACGCCACGUGUGCUGCUCGUGCUCAUGGGCCGACGGGGUGUGCAUGGGGGCAUCCUCAACAAGACUGUGCACAAGCUUAUCCACGGGCUAUGCACACAGGGCACAUAGCAGGACAGCCAGGCUGCCUGGAGCAGGGUCAAAAUAAACUCUGAACCUGGGUUUGACUGGCUCAUCUUAGAGCUGUGCAGAGGGAGUUGCAGAUGAGGAAACUGGUUUACCUUAAGAUUCUUGCAGAAGGGUUAUAUGGUAGGGCUAGGACACAGACACAUCCCAGCCUCCUAUGCCCUACACCUGGCCCUCCCAUCCAUGUGUGCCUUGCAGAGGCCUCUGGCCUGACUUGCCAGGCCAUAGUCAAUGGGUCUAGGCACCUUCUCAGUGUCCUAAGGACACUGCAGCUGAGGAAGAGUACCAGGGGGUGGCCUUCUCAAACCCUCUAGCUCAGGCCUUAACAUACUUUCUUAAAAAUUUUUGCACAGUUCUGUGCAGAACCAACUGUAAAGGGAACCCCUUCCUACCCUUUUACACCCCUCCCUAGACACACAGGAGCUAGGAUCUGUGGCAUCAGGGAGUCAGACUGGAGGCUGGUUCUUUUUCACCUGCUCCAGUUGGCAUGAGGAAGCACCAGCAAGGGCGGUAAGCAGGUGGAGUGGGGCUGGUAGCUUGGAGAGCCUCUCUGGGGCCCUCAGGCCCAUGUAUCUCCCCCAGCAUAUCUCAGAGGGGAUGGUGGGGGGACACAUGUCCAAGACCAUCUCAACCAGGCUGGAGCCCUAGAGCCUUCCUGCCCCCUUAGGGCCCAAAGGUCCCAGAGGACUCCCUGAACUAGAGGGAGGAACUUUGGCAUCCCCCACCCCUUGACCCUCACCCUGCAGGCCUCAGCUCCAGGGACCCUAUGGGGAGGAGGAAUUGAAAGUUUAGGUGGGUUUAAAUGAGGCCUGGUUAUUGCCCAAAGGUAGAGGACAAAAGUGGGAGGAGGGUGGCUGGUCAUCCAGGACAUGACCUCUCUUAUUCGUUUCUACCCUCCCUGUCCCCAUUCCCUGCCCUAGUGUCACUGACAAGUCCCCACCUGUCACUUAUUUUCUGGAGCACUGAUCUUAUCCCAGAAAGAGGGAGAGAGUGAGGAAGUGAGGUGAGUCCAGAGGCAGGGAGAGAUCACAGGUCAGCCUGUUGAGGUCUGGGGAUGGAGGUGCAGAGAGCCCUCCUUGCAACUUAGCUUGAGGGUGGCCCCAGUCCCCAGGGGCUAGCUUCCAGGGAGUCUGAAUCAGGGAUUGGACUCAUUAAAGCAGG